AGCCGGGACAACUUCUUUAUGUUUACAGACCUGACCUAAUGACGCAGCACCAUGCUCGAAUUUCCCGCGAAAACAUACAAGUACCACUCAAAACAUUAUUAUAAGCUAACCGUUGUGAAUCGUAAAGUAAGGCGAUAGUUUUGAACACUGGCUGGUUAUGUACUUGCUUAAAUAUUGAUUUCGGAUCAGUUUUAACUAAAAAAAAGUUAGGGACUGCAGCUUUAAUGAAUACUUAGGCAGUGUUACAGUUCCUUGCGUGCAAAUAAAUUUUAAUGCUUUACAGUCUGAGGAGCUGUUAAUGUCUUGAUAUUAUCAGCAAGGUCAUAUAGUCAGAGUGUUAAACCUCUUACCAGUUUACAAACACAGUGAUUGAAGAACGCAUGAGAGUAGUAGGGCGGAGACUGAAUACUAGCACGAGUCAUGUAACUGUGUAAAGGGUCACCCGGUUACACGUGAGCAUGGUGGGACAAGAGAGGCACUGAAGGAAACUUAACAGGGAACAACAACCUGAUGAACUGAACUGGAAAAUGGCGACAUGUGGGGGCAAUGAACCGCGCUCCGUGCUCACCCGGGUUCCGCCGUUACUCACGGAUCUGUACCAGUUCACCAUGGCGUACGCGUACUGGCGCGCGGGCAGACACAACGAGCCGGCCGUGUUCGAACUGUUUUUCCGCGAUAACCCGUUCGGUGGAGGCUUCUCGCUCUUUGCGGGUCUCAGCGACUGUUUGUUGUUCCUGCAGAACUUCACUUUCUCAGAUGACGAUGUGGAGUAUCUGCGCUCCGUCCUCCCCGCAGGCACAGACGCUGCGUUCUUCUCGUAUCUGAAGGAGCUGGACUGUUCGUCUGUGUCUGUGUCAGCGGUACCUGAGGGAUCCGUGGUCUUCGCUCGAGUUCCUCUGCUGGAAGUGUCUGGACCGCUGGCCGUGGUUCAGCUGCUGGAGACCAGUCUGCUCUGCCUAGUCAACUACGCCAGUCUGGUGUGUAGCAACGCUGCUCGUUUCCGUUUGGCUGCAGGUCCCAGGCGGAGAUUAAUGGAGAUGGGGCUCAGAAGAGCUCAGGGUCCCGACGGAGGCCUGACCGCCUCACGAUACACCUACAUCGGUGGUUUUGAUUUGACGAGUAAUGCUCUCGCCGGCCGUCUGUUUGGUAUUCCUGUGGCGGGAACCAUGGCACACUCUUAUGUCACUUCCUUUUCCUCUCUGGAGGAGGUGUGGCCACAGACUCUGGUGCCCUGCGGCGGCGGCGGCGGCCCUAUUGACUUCAUCUGUCUGGUGAAGGGUUGGCUGGGUCGCGUCUGUCAGCUAUUGGGGUCAAAGACGAGCCUCGUUCGGGAGGGAGAGCUGGCGGCCUUCCUGUCCUACGCCAUCGCCUACCCUCAAAACUUCCUGCCCGUGAUUGACAGCUACAGCGUCAGCUGCAGCGGUCUGCUGUGUUUCUGUGCCGUGGCUUUGGCUCUGUAUGAGCUGCAGUACCGGCCGCUGGGAGUCCGGCUGGACAGCGGGGACCUCUGCAGGCAGUCGCUGGAAGUGCGGCGCGUCUUCAAAGAAUGUAGCGAACAGUUCUCAGUUCCUCAGUUUGAGUCUCUCAUCAUCGUCGGCACGAACAGUAUUUCAGAACAGAGUCUCGUUGAACUCAACAAGAAAGAUAAUGAGAUUGACGUGGUUGGAGUGGGGACUCAUCUGGUCACAUGCACGCGUCAGCCCUCUCUGGGGUGUGUAUAUAAGCUGAUAGAGGUCAGAGGUCGUCCCCGAAUGAAGAUGAGUGAAGAUCCAGAGAAAAGCACACUGCCGGGACGCAAGUCUGUCUACAGGCUUCUGGACGCAGACGGUCAUCCUCAGAUGGAUCUGAUCUGUCUGUCAGAAGAAGCGGCUCCUAAAGCGGGCGUCUCCCUGACCUGCUUCCCUCUAGGACUGAACAAGACGCUUCAGACAGUCACACCGGCUCAAGUAACCAGUCUGCGUUUGGAUGUCUUCACCUGUGGACAGAUCACAUUCCCCCUAAACACUGCGUCAGAGAGUCGUGAGCGUGCACAGAUUUCUCUACAAACGCUGCAUCCGCAUCACAAGAGACUACAAGAGCCGCACGAUUACACCGUGGCUUUAUCAGAGCGGCUGCACUCCCUGGUGUCUGAUAUCACAAAAGGAAACAGUAAAGGCAGCAACUUCCUGCUGUCGAACUGAAGCCGAGCCGAAACACGGAGCCCAGACCAAAGUCAGAAACAUCACAUCUAACGGAAAAGAUGCCUUAAAAUCCUCUUUUCCCUUAAAAAAAAUGUCGUCAUAACAGAUUCAGCAAUGCUGCUUGUUGUGGUCCAAUAGCAUUAACAAGUUCUUUUGAAUAUGGUAUUGGUUCAUCUCAUAAUUAACUAGUAAAAUAAGCAAUGACGUAAUGAAAAUGAUUAUUCACUGUUCGUUUUACAACAUAAUAAAGAUUUUAUGUACAAAAGUGA